GGCAGUUGGCAUCAGUGUCAUUUCUCUUAGCGCGAGACAAGGAGAGCAGUGGGGAGGUGAGAAAAACGCACGAGCUGUUCACCUGCUAAAAAACGAACGGAAAAAGUUCAAAAUAGGAAAUAUGAAAACAAUCAUCUGACGCCAUCAAAAUUCAGAAGAUCUGCUAUCUUCUCGUCAUCUCCAAUAAAGGCGCAAUGCUGACUCUGCCGUUUGAGGAUCCUGUCAUGAUGGACAGUCAAUUCGGGGCGAACUUUUCACGGGAAUGCACGGGUGAAAUGAAGGUCACUAAGCAAGAACCGUUUAAAAAGGAGGAUACGCUCUCUCACAUGAUGGAGGACGACGAUUCGGAGAAGGAUGACGAUGAAAGGGAGGACGGACCAGAUGAGAACGGUCUGCCACGCCGCAGAGGGCCCCGGAAAAAGAAAAUGACCAAAGCUCGCAUCGACAGGGUGAAGAUGAGACGCAUGGAAGCCAACACAAGGGAGAGGAACCGAAUGCACGGUCUGAACAAUGCAUUAGACAGCCUGCGCAAGGUGGUUCCUUGCUACUCCAAAACCCAAAAACUGUCAAAAAUCGAAACGCUUCGGCUGGCCAAGAACUACAUUUGGGCGCUUUCGGAGAUUCUGAGCACAGGGAAGAGGCCUGACCUACUUACCUUUGUUCAGACCCUUUGCAAGGGGCUCUCCCAGCCAACCACCAAUUUAGUGGCCGGAUGUCUCCAGUUGAACGCGAGGAACUUCAUCUCGGAUCAGAUCAAUGGCGAGGCGUCCUUCUCUGGUAGAUCACCAUAUGACUCCAUGUACACGACCUACCACAGUCCUGGUGUGGUGACUCCCUCUGUACACGGUAAUAGCGCUAUAGAUGCCGUUAAACCCUUCAGGCCAUUCAACUACUGCAGCUCCUACGAGUCUUUCUACGAAAGCGUCUCUCCAGAAUGUGCCAGCCCACAGUUCGACGGUCCUUUAAGUCCUCCUAUUAACUUUAACGGGAUAUUUUCCGUUAAGCACGAAGACCAGAUCGAGUAUGGCAAGAGCUGCCACUAUGGCACGCGUUAUUGCGCGGUGCCGGCGCGCACCUCCAUCAGCCAGAGCGCGAGAGGCUCCUCGGAUCUCCAUUUCCCAUAUGACGUUCACCUCCGCGGCCAGUUCUACCCGGUGCAAGAUGAAUUAAACACGACUUUUCAUAAUUAAUGAGAGAAAGUCAAAUGUGACUAUGGCCCUUUUGUGGGUAAUGACUGAAAUGCAGGACUUUCACUCGCACAUGUAUUAUUUAUAUAGACCCUCUCUGCGUUGGAUAGGGUCUUGGAUUUGCGCCAUCUGAUGUUUUAUUAUUUAUUCGUUUUAAUUAGAUGGAAAAUGUGCUUACAGAAAACAUAGUGCUCCUAACUGAAUUGAUUUUUUUAUUGAUAUUAUAUCCGAUAAAAUGUGUAUUUGUUUUAAAAAUGACACCAACUUAACAUGUUUUCAGCUGCGUAUAAGUUUAAUCUUUGUUUUUAACAUUUAACAGUUUAUGCAAGCCCGUACGAGCAUUUACAGGCCCAGCAGAUUUGUCAGUAUUGAAGUUUGAAAAUAAAUUUAUUUAUGCUUUUAUUUAUUUAUUUAUUUAUUAUGUCAGUGUUUGCGCUGGGAAUUCAGUAAAAGCGGUCAGCACGGUGCUAUGAGUAUGCAAUCCACAUAAUGCUCGCUUAAAUGUCAAAAUAUUAGUGAUUUAAAAAGACCUGAAAACCAAUAAUUGUAGUAUUUUUUUUCUUUAUUCGUUUAUAAAAAGAAAAUGUACAUUGCGAAUUUUAUUUGUCAUUUAAAUCGAUUUUUCAUUCAUAAUUGUGAAAGUUUCGUUAUGUUCAUACAGGGGUCUAUCAAGGCUGUAUAUUAGUAAAUAAAUGAACCAAGCUUUCGCCUUACUAUAAUAAUUUCAGUUAAAAAUGAUAACAAUAUUAACACCAAUAGGCUAAUACAAAAACGAAACCAUCAUAAAAAAAGGCAUUGAGUGAAACAAAUUAUUUGUGGAUUUUAAUUCUUUAAAUGUUGACAAUCGGGUUUUUGGGUUUGGGUCCUCUCAACUUACCACAUUUAUCUGUGCUGAUAGUUUUAAAAGAUGAUAUAAGAUUUUCACAGCACAAUAAUUUAUUUACUGUAUAUGCAACAGAUUGCUGAACAGUUUUUUACCCAAAUGUAAAGUCGUCGAUUGAUAUUAGAGGCAUUGUAUACAAUUUCGAAUGAAGCGCGUCUGUAAAGCAAAUGCAUUAAAAGCAUGUAAUAUUUUAAAUUGAAAAGUCUAUGUCCUACAGUGAACUCAUGUCACAGGUGUACCUGCCUUAAUAUAUUUAUUACGGAUACUUUAUGCAACGUGAUGGACGUCUUUUGUGGUGGACAUUUUCAUUUUUAUCACCAAGGUUGAUGAGGUUUUUUGUGCAGAAUGGACUGAAUGCACCGAAACUGGUCUUGUGCCGAUUUGUACACUGUCAAGCUGUUUUCUACAAUAAAAUAAAGUUUGUUGAAUACA